AUGUACGAGGAGAUCGUCUAUGGACCAAAGGACGCGGUACCUUUAGCCUCCAACAACCAUGAGGCAAUUGUGAUAGAGGUCAUCACGUGCAACUACAAAGUAAAGAAGGUAUACAUCGACAACGGGAGCGCCAUCGACGUGCUGUACUACAAAACUUUUAAAGAGCUGCAGCUGGAGGACAAGCAGCUCAUCCCAGUUCGUACUCCCCUGAUAGGAUUUGCAGGUCCGCCCGUAAGACCAGAGGGAAUGAUAACUCUCACGAUCACUAUAGGGGAAUCACCGAAGUGCCGAACUAUUUCGGUGAACUUCGCAGUGGUAAAGGAGCCGUCCUCCUACAACAUGAUACUAGGGCGUCCAACCUUAAACGCACUCCGAGCUGUCUGCUCAACUUUGCACCUAAGCAUGAAGUUUCCAACGCCUGAUGGGGUGGCCGAGGUGCUGGGAGACCCGGAGGUAGCACGAGCCUGCUAUAUCGCAACCCUCAAGGGUAAGGAGAAGCUAGUGGCGCAGACAGUCCUUCUGGAGCUCUGGGAGCCUAUUGAGAAGGAGGAGAGGUUGGAGACGGACGAGAGUCUGGUUGAAGUGCCCAUUUGCCUAGAGCGACCUGAUCGAGUGGUCAGGGUCGGAUCGGGCCUAAACGAGCCAGCGCGGAGAGCUCUGGAGUCCCUUCUGGAGGAGUACGAAGAGAUCUUUGCUUGGAGUGCAGACGAUAUGCCCGGUGUCCCUCCCGAGCUGGCAGUCCAUAAGUUGCACGUGGAUCCAAACGCUCGACCAGUAAAGCAAAAGAAAAGGAAUUUCGCGCCUGAACGGAAUGAGAUCGUCAAGGAGGAGGUCGGCAAGCUGUUGGAGGCCAAAAUUGUGAAAGAGAUCUACUACCCGACCUGGCUAGCCAACCCAGUGCUGGUGAAAAAGGAGGACAGGGCGUGGCGGAUGUGCGUAGACUUCACCGACCUGAAUAAAGCCUGUCCCAAGGACUGUUACCCCCUCCCUCACAUCGAUCAGCUGGUCGAUUCAACUAUUGGCUGCGAGAUUUUCUGCUUUCUGGACGCCUUCAAAGAAUAUCACCAGAUAGCCCUGGACGAGGAGGAUAAAGAGAAGACUGCCUUCAUCACCGAGUACGGUACGUACUGCUAUACCACCAUGCCAUUCGGAUUGAAGAACGCCGGCGCGACCUAUCAACGGCUGGUCAACAAGUUAUUCAAAAACCAGAUCGGCCGCAACAUGGAGGUAUACGUUGAUGACAUGCUGGUGAAAAGACGAACUCAGGAGCAGUUCGUCAACGACCUCAGAGAGAUCUUUGACGUCCUACGGAGCUCGCGCAUGCGGCUGAACCCUAAGAAGUGCACUUUCGGGGUUAGGUCGGGCAAGUUCUUGGGGUACAUGAUAUCCAAGGACGGGGUAAGAGCUAAUCCCGACAAGGUAAAAGCUAUCAUGGACAUGGCUCCUCCCCGAAACAUAAAAGAGGUCCAACGGCUAGCUGGCAGGAUGGCGGCCCUGAGCAGGUUCUUGUCAAAAUCUGCAGUUCGGGGUUCCCCUUCUUCAGGGCCCUGCGAAGAGGUCCCCAGUUUGAGUGGACCCCGAGUGCCAGCGAGCAUUCGACGAGCUAAAAGCCCACAUCGUUCGGUUGCCAGCCUUGACCUCUCCCGCACACGGAGAGAUCUUAUUUAUCUAUCUAGCAGUAGGGGAGGAGGCAAUCAGUGCGGUGCUAGUUCGGGAAGAAGGCAAGAUCCAGAAGCCCGUAUACUAUGUCAGCCGAGCCCUGCAGGGCGGGAGCCAAGGUACGCCUCGAUUGAGCGGUAUGUUUUGGCAUUAGUUCACGCGGCUCGGAAGCUUAGGUCGUAUUUUCAAGCCCACCCCGUGGUGGUUAUGACCGACCAGCCGCUCAAACAAAUUCUUUCCAAGCCUGAUGCGUCAGGGAGAAUGGUGAGGUGGGCUGUGGAGCUGUCUGAGUACGACCUCAGCUACCAACCUCGCACGGCCAUUAAGGCCCAAGCCUUGGCGGAUUUUAUAGCCGAAGGGGUCUCCUUCGGGCCACGGGAAUCACAGGUCGAACGGACCAGAGACACAGCUAAGGCCAAGCAGGUCGGAGAAGCUGUCGAGGUCGCGCAAACCUCCAAGGCCCAAGACGCAGCCGAGGCCAGUCAGGCCGGAAAAGCUGCCCAGGUCGAGCAAGCCACCAAGACUUCCGAGGCCAAGCAGACCAUAGAUGCAGUCGAGGCCGAAGGACCUGCCAAGGUCGGACAGGCCACAAGGGAAUCCCAGGCCAAACGGAUCGGAGACGCAGCGGAGGCUGAACAGGCCAAAGAGGCUGUCGAGAUUGAACAGGCCACUGGCAAGGUCGAUCAGACCAUUCCGACUUGGACACUGUUCGUAGAUGGGUCGUCGAGCCAGGAAGGAUGCGGAGCGGGACUUCUCUUGACUAGCCCCAUGGGGGAUGAGUUGGCCUACGCCCUGAGGUUUGAUUUCAGGGCUUCCAACAACGAGUCCGAGUACGAGGCCCUGGUCGCGGGGAUGGUGAUAGCUCGAAAGCUGGGGGCCGAAUCAAUAGAAGUCUACAGCGACUUGCAGCUGAUAGUAAAUCAGGUAGGGGGAAGUUAUGAAGUCAAAGAGGAGCCACUAAGAAGGUACGUCGCAAAAGUGCAUGAGCUGAGAGCUCAGUUCAAACUGUUCACGCUCGAGCAGGUCCCGCGAAGCCAGAAUAAGAGGGCAGACGCACUGUCCAAGCUCGCCUCCACCUCAGUGGGCACAUUGAACAAAGAGGUCUUGGUGGAGGUCGUCAGGAAUCGGGCAUAUGAUCAGGUAGACGCGGCCGUUAUUCAAGUAGUGAGCUCCUGGAUGGAUCCCCUCGUGCGAUACCUGGCCAAUGGAGAGCUCCCCUCAAGUCGGGUGGAGGCACGACGGAUCCUUCUUAAAUCGCGGGGAUACGAGUUCUCGAAUGGGGUGCUUUACAAGAAAUCCUAUCUGCGUCCAUGGUUGAGGUGCGUGACUCCGGGGGAAGGAGAGUAUAUCUUGCGUGAGCUGCAUGAAGGUAUCUGCGGGAACUACGUCGGACCAAGAGUUUUGGCCAAAAAAGGAAUGUUGUCUGGGUAUUACUGGCCCACUAUCUUCUUGGACUCUGCCGAACUAGUAGCUCGGUGCAAAUCCUGCCAACUGCACGCUCCGAUCCACCACGCCCCAACUCAGGAAAUGGCGCCUCUUCAGAGCCCUUGGCCUUUCUUCCAGUGGGGGAUAGACUUGAUGGGUCCGUUCCUCCGAGCUCCUGGGGGCUAUGAGCACGUGGUGGUGGCUGUGGACUACUUCACCAAGUGGGUGGAGGCCGAGCUCCUUACCACCAUCAGCAGCAGGUCGGUUCAGAAAUUUCUCUGGAGAAACAUUGACUAUCCUGCAUGGUUUGAAGACGCGGAUGGAGUCCGCUCGAGCUGGGUGCUGGACGAGCUGCCCACCAUACUAUGGGCCUACCGAACCACUCCCCGAACUGCCACUCAGGAGACCCCUUUCGUUCUGACCUAUGGAGCAGAGGCUGUGAUCCCUGCAGAGAUAGGCGUGCCUUCGGGCAGGGUUCAGAACUUCAUAGCUCAGGACAAUGAAGACGAGCUGCGUCUUAACUUGGAUUUGCUGGAAGGAAGGAGAGAAGAGGCGGCUAUACUGUUGACCUUGGUUGCGCGAUACUACAAUGCUAGGGUGAGGCCCCUAUCUUUCAAGCCAGGGGAUCUGGUCCUGAGGAAGAACAGCGUAAGUCGGCUUCAGGGCACGGGCAAGCUGGAUCCAAACUGGGAAGGACCCUACGUGGUGAAGGAGGCAGACCGAGCUGGAUACUGCAAGCUAACUCACCUCAGCGGCGAGGAGGUCCCGCGUACCUGGCACAAUUCCAACCUGAGGAUUUUCCGUUAA